ACACAAUCAUCACAAUUUAACGUAUAUUAUGUUGCCAGAAGAAAAAUAUAUUCGGAAAGUGAUCCAAGGAUGCCUCGAACUAGGGGUGCAAGUCUCCGAAGAACUGGCAUCAGUAUUUUUUAAAUGCUGGCUGUUGAGUCCCAACGUGAAGAAUUUACAAAAACAGCCAUUAAAGAAUAUAAUGGACAAAAUUAUAGACCAAUGUAUUCAGCGUUUGUCUGUUCAAAAGGACCCAUCUAUAUUAUGCAUUAAAAUGCAAUUACUCAUAGAACACGACUAUAAAAACAGAGAAUUUAUUAUAAAUAAAGUUAAUGAAGAAAAUGAUCAAAAAAUUAGACCAUUGUUAAACGACAUUUUAGAUAACGUGGAUGACACUGGCAACACAAUGAGCACUUACUAUCAAAAAAUAAUACAGUACAUAAUUUUAUCCAACUAUAUGGGAGACCCGACUUCACCAAUACUCAUUCAGGAAAUUUCUGAUGCAUUACAUAACGUUUUAAAUCGAACAAAAUCAUCAGAAUUUGAAAACCAAUUACCAUCUUUAAAAAUAAACCAAUUGAAAGAAAUAUCAAACUUGGUAUGUGGCAUUUGGCUUUACAACAUGGAUCGUAAGGAUAAAAGAGAAGAAACUUUGGAUAUGAUAGAUACACUUCCUAAUGCUGUUGAGUUGCUUCUACAAAAUAUUGAACACGAGUUAAGAGAUAGUAUUAAGAAAGUGAUGAUGACGACUUCGUGGAUACUUCAAUGCUAUAAAGUGUACACUGACAUUUUAGCUCCAAUAUUUGUUAUACGGAUAAAUUUUGCAACUGUUACAAUAAAAAAACUGAACGAUUAUAAAACUGUACUGGUAUUUUAUCUACAGUAUAAGAAAAAUCUAGAAAUAAUCAAAGAAGAUUUAAGUAAAUUAAAAAUUGAAUUACCCACAUUACUCAUUAAAUUCAACAGAACAUUUAAAGAAAUAAAAAAACUACAAAAUACUAAUGACUUUGGCCAGGAUACAAUCUAUCCAGAGCUCAACAAUGCAACAGUUAUUUGGAGUGAAAUUAGAGGGAUUAUGAAUCAUCUGAGCAUUACAUGUAGUUUAAUAUCAUCCAUGAAACAGUUGACAAAUGAAGUAAUAAAUAUUAGCGAGGAUAUAGAUAAUACGUCAAUCAUGGACACGAUUCUAAUUGACAGUGAAGAACUGCUUACAAUUAUUGAAACAUAUCCAUUACAUCCCAUGUGUGAAUGGCAUCCACCUACCAGCGCAAAUAAUAAGCACUUAUUUGCAGAUGGAUAUUGUGUGGUUAUGAUAGUUGAAACCGAUGGAAUAUUAAUACAACAUGACAAAAGCAUAGGUGUAAUACAGUAUUCUGAUGAAUGGUUUGGCUUUGCAAGUAUUCAAGCAGCACUGCAUUUUGGUACUAAACCAACAUACUAUUUGAACCGCUUUUUAAAUUUAAUGAGGUCUAAACCACAUUUAUUAUCAAUUUUCCACUUAUACGAACAAAUGACAGAAAUGCAACACAAUUCCAAUGAACUGUAAGUAGCACAUUGCGUAACCUUCAUAGAAUGCAAAUUUAUAAUCUAUAUUUGUAUAGAAUGGGUGAAAAGAAUAAGUACAAGGAUGCACAAGUGCAAACAGCAAUUUAUCCACACGACAUAAGUGCAAUAAACAAAAACAUUCAUAUUAUAAAGGAAAUAAAAAAAUGUAAGAAAAAGAAAGUAAUUGACUCUAUCAAUAAAACAUCAAAAGUAGCAACUCAAAGUGCACAAACUAUAGAUGUCUACAAAUCAGUUCAAGUACAAACUAAAUUAUGUGAUGUUGGCAGUAACACUAUGAGUGAAAAAGCCACCAACACAAAUCAGUCAGUUUCUCAUACUUCCGUACGGUUCAAAAACAAGUUUUAUGCAGCUGUAGAGUAUGAUGAUGUUAACAGUUUAGGGUGCUUAACUACAAUAAGGUCCACUAACAAUUGUCUAACAAAAAUGAAAGACUGAAACAACAUCAUAGGCAUUAAAUUAUUAUUAUUCAAUUAUAAAUUAAUUAUAAUAAAAAUUAUGAUGUAGAUUAAUGUCUUAAAAUUAUUGUAAAAGUAUUCUAAAAACACAAAAAUGCUUGUUAUAAUUGUUUACAAAUACGUUUAUACAUUCAAACAUUUAUAGCUAGAUAUUUAUACCUAGCAAGUGUGCAAAGUAUGAAAAAAAGUUUAAAAAAAAAUAUAUUUCACUCAAAAAUGACAUCAACUUAAAUUGCAUGCCCACCAUUUUAAUUAAAAUUUUUUUUUUUAGGAAUGAAAAAUUAUAAUACUUGAGAAACAGUUUCUCAUUGAUAAAAAAAAAAAUUACCAUGAACUUCCACAAUUAUUGAA